AAAGAAGAAUAAAGCUUUUUCUUUAUAUAUUAAUUAUUCUCUCGAAAUAGCUCUAUAUCUAUAUAAACAGGCUACGAAGCCCAACGCAGUCACUCAUUCCCUACAUCAGUCACACUCCCACUUUCUCGUUACUGUUCGUACUCUUUUGCUGCAGCAGUACCAGCCUCGCCUCUUCCUCUUCCUCCUUUCUUGGUACGUACCGGAAAGCGAACCAAGAAAUGUGCAAUCUGUGAUCACAAAUACGGAAACUAACGCGUGCAGGAUUUUCAAAAUUCCAGAACAACAUAUCUGCGACGACAAUGUCCAGUCCUUCCACCCAAUAAUUCUAUCGAUCGGCCCAUAUCACCACGGAUCUUCACAUGUAGCCGGCAUGGAGUCAGUGAAGUUGGAUUGUCGACGAAGGAUCUUCGGUUAUGAUAGUGACAACUACCAUGUCAGCGGCGAAAUCAUGGAACUAGAAAACAGAGCAAGAGGAUUGUACAGCGAGAAUGUGACAAUGGAACGGGAGGACUUUGCUAAGAUGCUCUUGCUCGACGGAUGCUUCAUAGCUGUUGCUCUCGGAAAGAUGGAAGGCCGGGCUGUUGAAAACAUACCCAGCGAAGCUGAUCUUAGCCAGCACGAAGCAUUGAAUAGGCACGACAUAGUGCAUGACCUACUCCUGGUAGAGAAUCAAAUUCCUUUUUUCGUCCUCGAGGAAAUACGUAACCUAGCUGCACCUAUACCAGGAGAAACAACUGAACAAUUUAAAAAAAACAUCGCUAAAUAUGUGGAACGUGUGCUACGACACUACCCAAAAGCGAUCGAAAUCCCCGCGAUCUGUUCGAAUGAUUUUCACCAUCUGCUACACUUGUGCCAUAUGUUCUUUCGACCUAGUCAAAAUCCAGCGGGACACCACCGCAUUCAAACAAUGAUGACGAACCAGUGGCACCGAGCAAUGCAAUACCGUGAAGCAGGAGUCGAGUUCAGAGUAAAGGACUCAUCUUCGACUCCCCAUUCUCUAUUGGACGUGACGUUCAGCAAUGGGACAAUGGAAAUUCCACACCUGUCCAUUGACGCGAAGACAGAGUCGAUUUUUAGUAAUUUGAUCAUGUUCGAGGUAGGAUAUCCAAGCGCUGGGAACUAUAUAAAUGCAUACGUCACAUUCAUGUCGCAACUUCUCUGCGAUGCUGAUGAUGUUAAAUUACUUGCCCGUGAAAAAAUCGUUCAUAUAUUGGGUCCCCAGGAAGAGGUUGUAAAUAUUUUCAACAGGCUUAACGGGUUGGCUGUUUUCGAUCCCUGUGGGGAGAACUAUUAUUUAACAUCUACGUUUCAGUCGGUGGAAGCACACUACCGUUGCCGUUGUAAUUGGUGGAUGGCAUGGUUGAAGCACAAUCACCUAAAAAAUCCGUGCGUGAUCAUUGCAGCACUCUUAGGUUUUAUAUCUCUGCUCUGCAUUAUGAUUCAAAAUUUUCUUUCUAUUUUGAAGCAUUUCAAUGUGGUACAUCAUUAACCGUCGUCGAUAUUAUUUGUUUCUUCAUGCAAUCUAUUUGUUUACCCAGAUCAGUUUGUUUUGAGUUUGUCUGUUUUCUGCUUACGCUUAUUCAUGUUAUGCAUGUGAUGACUUGCAAGUGCUUGGCUUGUUUCCAGCAUCAUUUCAUAAAAAACCUAUGUUCUUGGAAUAUCAUAUUUGAUUUUUGUGGAGUUA